AGCAAACGGAGGAACCGUUGGAGCGGGGACGGUAAUUUUUCACACCGUUCUUCUCAUCCUGAAUGCUUUCUUGAGGCAAGGCGAAGAGGAUUGCGAGAGAGCGGCGGAAGGAUAUGUAAAAGUGAAAGGAGAGCUUAGACCCUGGCUCUGGGAAAGCGAAUGGAAGCUGGAAGUAGUUCCGGCUAUAAAUAGGCCCUCCCAGUUGGAAUCCCUCCGCGGGUGUCAUCGUCGCUUCGGAGGAACCUCAGUUUGGAAGAAGGCGGCGAAGAGGAAGCAGCGAAGGGCGGAAGCAGCCGCCGCGGAGGGUUUCUCUUAAGGACAAACAGUGUGGUGUUGCAUGCAGGCUUUAGUAGUAGAGCGCAACUGACUACCAUGUGCUAGGAUACGAAGUUUGUGGAUUCUUUUACUCGUGCUUCUGGAUUAUAAAGAAGGAAACCGUUAAAAUGGGGAGGAAGAAAAUACAGAUCACAAGAAUAAUGGAUGAACGGAACAGACAGGUGACCUUCACAAAAAGGAAGUUUGGAUUAAUGAAGAAAGCCUAUGAACUGAGUGUGCUUUGUGACUGUGAAAUAGCACUCAUCAUUUUUAACAGUUCUAACAAACUCUUUCAGUAUGCAAGCACGGAUAUGGACAAAGUUCUACUCAAAUACACAGAGUACAAUGAACCGCAUGAGAGCAGAACCAACUCAGAUAUCGUUGAGACUUUAAGAAAGAAAGGCCUUAAUGGUUGUGAGAGCCCUGAUGCUGACGAUUACUUUGAGCACAGUCCACUAUCGGAGGACAGAUUCAGCAAACUAAAUGAAGAUAGUGAUUUUAUUUUCAAGCGAGGCCCUGCUCUGAACAAGAAAGAAAACAGAGGGUGCGACAGCCCGGACCCUGACACCUCAUAUGUGCUCACGCCACAUACAGAAGAAAAAUAUAAAAAAAUUAAUGAAGAGUUUGAUAAUAUGAUGCGGAAUCAUAAAAUCGCACCUGGGUUGCCUCCACAGAACUUCUCAAUGUCGGUCACUGUUCCUGUGUCCAGCCCCAAUUCUUUAACCUACAGUAAUCCUGGGAGCUCCCUUGUAUCUCCAGCACUGGCAGCAAGUUCUACCUUGACAGACACAACCAUGCUGACCCCUCCUCAAGCCUCAUUGCAUCGAAAUGUAUCGCCUGGCGGUCCUCAGAGACCACCAAGCACAGGCAGUGCAAGUGGUAUGUUGGCCACAACAGAUCUCUCAGUGCCAAAUGGAGCUGGUUCCAGUCCAGUGGGAAAUGGCUUUGUGAACUCCCGCGCUUCGCCAGGCCUGCUUAGCAGCACUGGCAGUGGAAAUGGUCUAAGCAAAGUGAUGCCUACAAAAUCCCCCCCUCCCCCUGGAGGGGGAAACCUUGGAAUGAACAAUCGAAAGCCAGAUCUGCGAGUAGUCAUCCCACCAUCUAGCAAAGGCAUGAUGCCUCCAUUGAACACACAACGGUUAAGCAGUUCUCAGUCUACACAACCUCUUGCAACACCAGUUGUGUCUGUGACAACUCCAAGCUUGCCCCCACAGGGACUGGUUUAUUCUGCCAUGCCCACCGCCUACAACACUGAUUACUCCUUGACUAGUGCAGACCUGUCAGCCCUGCAGGGAUUUAACUCCCCAGGAAUGCUCUCAUUGGGACAAGUAUCUGCCUGGCAACAGCAUCACUUGGGGCAGGCAGCCCUCAGCUCUCUUGUGGCUGGAGGCCAGUUAUCUCAGGGUUCCAAUUUAUCCAUUAAUACCAACCAAAAUAUUAACAUCAAGUCAGAACCGAUUUCACCUCCUCGAGAAAGAGUGACUCCAUCCACGUUCUCACAACAGCAGCAGCAGCAGCAGCAACAGGCACCGCAACAACAACAGUCUCAGCAGCAGUCGCGGCAAGAAAUGGGGCGCUCUCCUGUUGACAGUCUCAGUAGUUCCAGCAGUUCGUAUGACGGCAGCGAUCGGGAGGAUCCAAGGAAUGACUUCCAUUCGCCAGUCGCUCUGGGGAGACCCCCGAAUUCAGAAGACAGAGAAAGCCCGACAGUAAAGCGGAUGAGAAUGGACACCUGGGUGACCUAAGCUCCCAGUCCCUACUUUUGUUUCUAUUUUUGAGUUAUACCAAUGGACAGUCCUGACAUAUCUAAAUUUAUAAAUAAGGACAUGAAAUAAAUAUUUAUAUGUAUAUACAUACAUGCAUAUAUAUCUUUGUAUACAUAUAUAUGUGUGAGUGUGUGUAGCAAAGACACAAAAAAAGAAAAAUCAGCAGGCACUUAAUACCAACUCCUUGUAUAGCUGCAGAUGCCCCAUGGUUUAAAAGAUAGAAGAACCCUUAUAGGCAGUGGUCUAGUCUGGUGGCACUUAAUCUAGACUUUGUUCCUUGAAUAAUGUUUUGCAGAAGAAAUGUACCCGUUACGUAAUCUACCAAAUUAGAUGGCAGAACCGUGAGGACUUUCCUGUAGUAGUGUUCCCAUGUGUGUUUUCCAACAACUGUGUGGUACCCUGUAGUUAUAAUUAUGCUUUGUAGCAGCAGAGCAGUAGGAAAAGAAAGCAAUACUGUACAUAGAAUGACCUCUAUAUUACCCAAUCUAGCAUGGGUCUCUCUUGCAAAGGGUGCAUGGAGAAGGGCUGGCGUUAUUUUAAAAACAUACCCACACACACACACACCUGUUUUUGCACGUGCAAAAAAUAGUGGUUCAAAUACAGUUUUUUAAACCAAGUGUGUGUGUGUGUGUGUGUGAGAGAGAGAGAGACAUAAAUAAAAGUGCAUGAAAUAUUCAGAAGAUAUUAGCCUAGAAGAUAGUCCAUAAUGAAAAUUUUAAUAUAUUAAGUUAUAAUUGGAAUAUGUUUUAAAAGCUCUUUCUUACGUUCCUCCGACCUUUUUUAAAAUAUAGAAAAAACAGUUUUAGCUCGUGUAUAUUUUUUAUUAAAAGAAAAAAAUACCCUUCUUUGAAGACUAUAUGGAAAAAUUAUAUACAGUACUUUUGAACACAUUCUGCUAUGAAUUAUUUAUACAAGCCAAAGCUGUACGGUGUAGCUUUUUUUUGGUAGAGAAUAAGUCUAACUUGGUCGUUCGUUUGUUUUUUACUGUCUGUCGCUUUUUGGUUUUAGGGGAGGAAGGAAGGAAAAACAAAACCUUGCAGGCAGAACCUUGGGGAAAAAUAAGCCAUGAAUACUUAUUAUUCUAUAUGUAAAUUAAAAUUUGAGCCAAACGUUGUGUAUAUAGCAUCUUAAAUAUAUUAUCACCUUUUGGUGUAAGUACGUAUGUAUUGUACGUUCACCAGAUUUAAAAAAGUAUAUUUUUGUGGAUUGACGCCGACUUGAAGAAAAAAGAAAAAGAAAAAGGCGAGGUCCUUAUUAAGUAGAGUAUUCACUGUUUAAUAUUUACUAUUUUGUUCAAUAUACUGUACUUCCUUUUGGAUUUUAAUUAAUAUUAUCCAGAUUUUUUCAGAGGGUGUUUUAAAACGGGGCCGUCCCCCCUCACUGGUGGUGAAUGUGUGUUGUUAAAAAUUGUACUCUCUAUCUCUCUUUUUAUUUUUGGUGCCGUAUGGUAAAACUUCAUUAUACAUUUUAUAAAUAUAUAUAUAUAUAUACAUAUAUGUGUAUAUAUACAUAUAUAAAUAUAUGUAUAUAGAUAGCAAAGUGAUAGCCCCCCUCUGCGAUUCCCUCCACAGAAAUCCAGCAUCAAAGUUCGUUCUGCAUAAAUAGGAAAAGGUGUCGUAACAUGUUUCUAAGGCGUUAUAUAAAGCUGCCUCUUUUGAUCUGGGUGGGUGGAUGUUUUUGUCCCUCAUCAUUGCUGAAGCAACGGAAACAUACACAGUGGAGCAGAGAAGGGUUUUGAAAUGGUGUUUGGGUUUAGGACAAGUCUUCUGGUAUCUUUUUAAAAGUGCCCACGUCCCCCAGCAAGUGUGUAGCUUAUUACUUUUGAGCUUAUUGCUUCUGCCUCAGGUUAAAAUCUGCUUCACAGGGCUGCAUGAAUUAUUAGUCUUUGGAUACAUGUUUACUACGAGGAGAUGUGAACCGGCCAAGGUGCAUCCGUGGCUCGUCUGCAUAUCCAAAAUAUAUUUCAUAACAGGCAUCUUAAGGCCUGAAUACUUUCAGCAGACUCAACUAAAAUACCCAUUGAACCAGUUAUUGAGUCAACUGCUAUGUAAAUCUCAUUGAUUCUGUAGUUCUUCUCUAGUUGAGACUCCUAGUAGGACCCAGGGCUUAAUGUAUAGAUUUUACAUUUUCAGGGCCAAAGCAGAUGUGAAAUGUGUCUUUGUACUGCUAGUAAAUAAGGCAUUUAAGGCAAACAGCAUCUGUGGAGGGGGUUUAUAGUUAUUGGGAUUGCAAUAUAUAGAUCUACACCUCUUUAUAGAUCCACACCUCUUUCUCUACUACUGCAGUCCUGACAAUCCUCCAGAGCUGUCUUCUUAGAUGGGGAAAAGCCAUUAGCAUUGGUUUCAUUUAAAGAUGCCACCUAUCUCAUGUUUCCUUACUAUAUAUGUAUAUGGAGAGAGAGAGAGGCACAUACUAAAGUAAUACCUGUAGUAAUAGCAGUUCACUUGUCUAACAUUUUGUAGAAGAAAGUAAAACCUGGUUUAGCAAUGGGCACUCUUAAUUUUAUUAAUUAUUAUUAAUUUUAUUAAUUGGAUUAUUUCUUGCAAAAAUUAGGUAGUCCUCUGAAUUGCACAGGCCCUGUUGCAUUGUUACUGAAUGCUGGCAAGUAGUGGCCUGAGUAGAACUUGUUUAUGUGAAUCAGGUUUACAUCCUGUAGUCCCCAUGUCACUGUUGGGGAGCUGCUUCCUAGGAUGAUGCCCAUACAUACAGGCAUGCUACAUUUGAGAGCAUGUGCCUCCUAUGUGGAUUACAUGAUUAAAUUGCAUGAUUAGAAUGACUUGAAAAAUCUAGUUUAAACAUGAACCUUUGAAAUUAUGAGCUGAGAUUUAUGAGAUACCAAAAUAAUUUUUCAGCAAAGAGGCUAGAAUUUCCUUGGAGAAGAAUAGCAGCCCUGUUUCACACACAGAUAAUUUUGAUGUAGCGGAGCAUGCUUAAUUUUAGUUCUUCAUUGCCAGUAAAUACGUUUUAAGGCAAUCUAAAUACUCUUUAAUGUCUGUAAAAUGUAAACCACAUCAUGUAUGGUCUCAUGGGAAGGAGGUAUUCUGUCAAAGUUAAAGGGUAAGCUUUUCCCUCUGUAAGAUUCUUUCAUCUGCCCUCUCCUUCAUCGAUGUAUAAACUGUACAUGCUGCUAGAAGACUGUGUUUUCUGGCUGGAUCUACAGUAUUUUCAUUUUUUAGAAAGUUGUGUGUGUGUGUGUAUUCCCUUCAUAAUUCUUCAGCAUUGCAAAGAUCCCAUAGACACGAGGUACAGCCACAUUUCUUGAUUGGGUUGAUGAGAAAAUGUGUCCAGGUUUGGUCAGCUCACUUGCCUAUCCCAAACACCGCUUCAUAGAUCCUUCUGAUGUUUUCAAAGGGUAUGUUGCCAAUCACUAUUUAUGCACCUACAUGAACUUUGCUGUACAUUUGAAUGGGAGUUCUACAUUUCACAUUUACUGUCUGAUUUCUUGUGUGCCUUAAUGAGAUGGCUUUGCUGACUGUAUCUCAAUAGUCUUUAUUCCUAUGCAGGUUUGUAAGGAGUUACAUCACUAUACAUUUUUCUUAAAGAGAAGAAUUUUUUAAAAAGGCUUGGGCUUUGUACUUGAAUCCAGCCAACCAAAUGUGUUUUUGUUUUGUUUUGUUUUUAAAAAAGAAACAUGCUUUCAGAAUCAGACUGUUAACUUUUGUCCCAUCUCCUUGUCCUAGGGAUCAGGCCCUCAUCUCCGUGUCGGAGAACUUCUCAUCGUGAAAAUAAAAAUACUGACUUUAAAAAGGAAAUAAAUUUAACACUAAUAAUGUAACUGUAGACAUUUUGGAUAUCUCACACCUUGAUCCUUUAGGUAAGGUUAGUUGCGACAGUAUGCGGGAUUAAACUAGCAGCAUCCUUCAGUUGGCAUGUGAGUGAGUCAGUGUUUCUAUACUGCCAUUAUGCUAUACCUAUGUACCAAAAUGAUUUGGUUUUGCACUGAAGCGGCUAGCAGUGGUAGCAGAGACUGGGUGGGUGGGUUGUGGAGACACAGGCAAUAAUCCAAAGAACCAUUCAGCUAGUUCCACAUACAUGAAAUAGCUCUGGGCUUGUACCUUGAGCUGUCAUGCUUAGAUAAACACUUUUGAAACAUGAAGGGGGGGUUUCUGCUAUGCCUAGAAAGGUGGGUUUUUUGGGGGGGGGGAUUGGGGAAGGGGGUUCUCUUUAAUGGUGCAGUGAAAUACUGGCCAUUGGCAAGGUCCUCAGCUUUGGCAUUGACAGCCCUAAGGCCCAGGAUUUUAGCAACACAUUGAUACUGACCCGAAAUGUAAGGAAACGUGUGGUACCUUGGGUUGGGCUUUCGUUGCCUGAAAGAGUCCUUAAUGCCAAGCUCUCUGCUUGUGAAAAGGUAGGCAUAUCAAGCAUGUUGCCUUUUCAUAUUCAGGGGGCUGAUAGAUCCUGAGGUGCUACUGGCUUUGUGAGGGGGGCAUAUAAUGUGUCUCGCUCAGGUUGGGAUUUGUUUUGGGGGUUUUGCCUUUAAAAACGACAGCCCUGAAAACAAAGAUUAGUGGUGUUUAGGCCAAGAGUGCUGCAGAUUUACAUCUUGCACAAAUCCAAGUUGUUAGAAUGGAGUGUUGUGUGUGGUAGACAUGGCAACACUGACUUUGAUUUGGCAUGCUCUAAUAGCCAAUAUUCCUUUUUUAAAUAAAAGAAGGCAUGUAGGAAACGUUUUAGCUCUAAAGGACACUAAUGCUUUGGCGAGUGUAAUGUGCGCACAAGAAAUACAUAGUAAAUAAGGAACAUAAAUGACUCCUGCCAGAUCAACCAUGGGAAGAAGUUUGAAAUUUAGAAUGUGAAAGACUUAAAAUAUAUAUUAGAAGUUUCCCUCACUUUGCUGUGCAAGAAAACACUGCUUUGCUAUAUUUAAAAAAGAAAAGCUUUUUUUAAAAUAAUAAAAAAAUAUAUGUACUUGGUAAAUGUUUGUAGUCAACAGUUCACAGAUGAAGCUGUUUGCGGUUAAAGCCGCCUGGCGGCACAAGCUGGACUUUGUUGCCAUCUUUGAACGAAUCUUUAAAGGAAAAAAAAAAGUUAAGUUAAUCUCUUUUUCCCUGAAUGUGGUGUUUUUUCUUCAAUAUACAAUAAAUAUUCUAGUGAACUUUUUAUCAAAUGGUUAAGAAAAUGCUAGAGGUUGUUGUAAAAUAUUUGUAUCUUGCAUUCACUAAAGUAAAAAUACUGGCUUUUACUGUGUA